AUGUUGGAGGCGUCGCCGGGCAGGAACUUCUCCCACAGCACCUUCGUGUUCAGAGGUUUCCCCGAGCUGCACAAACACCGCCGGCUGCUGGCGCUGCCGUUCUCCGCCUCCUACCUGACGGCGCUGCUGGGGAACGGCCUGCUGGUGUACGUGAUCCACGGCGUGGAGAGUCUGCACAGCCCCAUGUACCUCCUCAUCUGCACGCUCUGCGUGGUCGACAUCCUCGUGGUGACCGCCAUCGUCCCCAACAUGCUCCUCGGCCUCCUCUUCGACUGGGACCAGAUCUCGCUGGCUGGCUGCUUGACGCAGAUGUUCUUCACUCACUUCCUGUCCUCUCUGGAGUCUACGCUGCUGCUGGCGAUGGCGUUGGACCGCUACGUGGCCAUCUGCCAGCCGCUGCGUUACGCCGAACUCGUCGACACCUCCAUGUUGGCGAAGCUGCUGCUCUUCACUCUGGUCCGGAGCGGAUCCAUCAUGGCGACGCUGGUUGGUUUGGCAGGUUCGCUGCGGUUCUGCGGCUCCAGCACGAUCCGGCACUGCUACUGCGACCACAUGGCGCUGGUCAGCUUGGCGUGCGACAGCACGGAGAAGAACAGCGCGGCGGGCCUCGCUGUGAUCGUCUGCUUUGUGGGCGUGGACAUCCCGCUCAUCUUCUUCUCUUACGUGAAGAUCCUGAGCGUCGUCUUGCGAGCGGCGGCGGCCGGCGAGGACCGCUGGAAGGCGUUUCACACCUGCGGCACGCACCUGAUUGUCAUGAUGUGUUUCUACCUGGUGGGCAGCGUCACGUUCCUCUCGCACAACCUGAACAUCGCCAUACCGACGGACGCCAACACCUUCAUGGGACUCAUGUACAUCCUGUUCCCCGCCACGGUCAACCCCAUCAUCUACGGAGUCCGGACUAAAGACAUUCGAAACGGCUUUUUUCGGAUCUUUAAGCUCAGAGUGGAGAAAGUAAUGAGGGUCAAAGUCUCUCCUGCUGGAAAAGGACAAACGGGACUUUGA